AUGGGUAGAGGACAAUUUUAUUCUCAAAGACUUACUCCUUAUCAAGGCCAAAAACGAUGCUAUGGCUUCUUUGAGUGUGAUAACUGUGAAAGAUACUGGGAAAGUGCCUACAGCUGAGCUAACAUGGGACAGCAAUGCAGGAGUUGUCUAAGUAAUGUAUAUCCAUGGUCCCAAAAAAGCUUAGAGGUGAUUGGGGUGUUUAGAUGUGGAGAAAGAUCACAUGAAAAAGAGCUCUGUGAAAUGUGCAGCUUCCUAGGAUACAGCUGUGUAGACUAUGAUCUUGAAAGCAAUAGUGACUAUGAUGAGCCAGAUUACUCAGAAGAGGACUCUGAGGACUCUGAUUAUUGUUAUUACUAUUAG